UGAUAUAAUAUGUUAUAAAAAUACGCAUAUUUUACACUAUAUAUCAUGUUAAAAUAAUAAAUUGUGUGUGACCUUCGUUUUAAGUCAUAUAUUUAUUAUUUUUGUUUAUUCCUUAAACAUAGAUAAAAAUUCUCAAAUUAUUUAAUUAAUAAGAUUUAUAAUCAACAUUUUAAAAUCUGUUCUAAUCAUAUACCUGUGAUCUGUGAUUACUUAUUUAGAUUGAUUAUACUGUAUCAAGCAAUGGUCACUAUAGUAACAAUUGCCAAACAAUAAUGCGUUCUAUAUUGUUGUGUAUGUUCACAUCAAAUGUAUAAUGCAAGUAUUUUUGUGAAAAUCAUUGUCAAAUAAUGUACACAUUAAAAUUGGUAAUGAUAGGACCAACUAAGAGCGGGAAGACCACGAUAGCAAAUUUUCUGGCAGAUGCUACCGAAAUUCCGUUUGACUAUCGUCCAACUCAAGGUGUUCGAAUAUUGGAAUUUGAAAUAAAUGAUAUUGAAGUAAACAAUGAACGGAUCUCGAAGGACAUCGAGCUAUGGGAUUGCAGUGGAGAUCACAAAUUCAAAAACUGCUGGCCAGCUAUACGUAAAGGUGUACAUGGUGUGAUACUUGUAUACAGUGCAAAAAUGCAGGAUUCUUCGAAACAGCUGAAAGAAUUUUAUGAUUACUUCGUUAGUGAAGCCAAAUUGGGGCCAAACAAUUGUGUAAUAUUCUUCUUUGAUCCUGAUAAUGUUACAUCAAAUGCACCAAAAAUUGUUUCAUCUAGCUUCUCUAAUGUCUCUCAUGUCAAGUGUAAUGUGGAUGAUGGUGGGGAUAAAUUAAAAACUGAUUUUCGAUUGUUCCUAAGUACCUUAAUGACAAAACUGCAAGAAAACAAAGAAGAGAAAUUGAUAUUGAAUGACAAUAUAUUAUUUGCUAAAUAAUGUAUAUUCAUCUCUUAUAGCAAUUUUGUAAAUAAUGAAAAACACUCUGUUUUAUGGUA